GGGUUCUACCCGGCUGGGUCCGGGCAGAAGUUUUUCCUCCCCUUCUCUGAGUUUGUCCUCCUCAUCGGUCACUCCCACUCACAGCUUUAAGAUUCUGGAGCCCAAGAACUGAUUCUCCCUGGAUCCAUGGUCUGUGGAUCCCAAUGUUCCGACUGGAGACGGGGAGCCAGCGAGACCUGGGGCUCCAGGGUCUGCCCAAGGAGGUUGCUCGUGGGGGCAGACCUCUAGAGCAGGAUUUGAGGCCAGGCCAAAGAGAACCCUAGAGAUGAAGGGCUUCCUCCCACUGGCUUGGUUCCUGGCUUGUAGUGUGCCUGCUGUGCAAGGAGGCUUGCUGGACCUAAAAUCGAUGAUCGAGAAGGUGACAGGGAAGAAUGCCCUGACAAACUAUGGCUUCUACGGCUGUUACUGUGGCUGGGGCGGCCGAGGAACCCCCAAGGAUGGCACUGAUAGGUGCUGUUGGGUGCAUGACCACUGCUAUGGGCGGCUGGAGGAGAAGGGCUGCAACAUUCGGACACAGUCCUACAAAUACAGAUUCGCAUGGGGCCUGGUCACCUGCGAGCCCGGGCCCUUCUGCCAUGUGCAGCUCUGUGCCUGUGACCGGAAGCUCGUCUACUGCCUCAAGAGAAACCUAUGGAGCUACAACCCGCAGUACCAAUACUUUCCCAACAUCCUCUGCUCCUAGGCCUCCCCAGCGAGCUCCUCCCAGACCAAGACUUUUGCUCUGUUUUUCUACAACACAGAGUUCCGACUCUGCUGGGUUCCUGAGAGAGGCUCCUAAGUCACAGACCUCAGUCUUUCUCGAAGCUUGGAGGACCCCCAGGGCCACACUGUACCCUCUAGCAAGUCCCAGAGUCAGAGAGUGACUCUGGUCACAGGACUUGGUAGGGUCCCAGGGUCCCUAGGCCUCUACUUCUGAGGGCAGCCCCUCUGGUGCCAAGAGCUCUCCACCAACUCAGGGUUGGCCGUGUCUCUUUUCUUCUCUGAAGACAGCGUCCUGGCUCCAGUUGGAACACUUUCCUGAGAUGCACUUACUUCUCAGCUUCUGCGAUCAGAUUAUCACCACCGCCACCCUCCAGAGAAUUUUUACACAGGAAGAGCCAAAUUGACUCUCUAAAUCUGGUGUAUGGAUAUUAAAUAAAAUUCAUUCUCAAGGCUAAUAAAAACCACACAGACAUUUUCCUCUGCUGUGGGGGAUCGCUGGUGCCUCCUUCUCUGCCGCUGGGGUAAUAAACCCAAAGUUAUCUACGUUAUCUCAGAGACAGAAAGGAAGAUGAGUAAAUGCAGGGUUUUCUGGGAUGAGCUUCAGGCUUUCUCUUGGGCUUAUUUCCUUAAACCUUGGGGUCCUCUCCAGUGUUGGGUCUCAUUCUUCCUCGAUGGGGUGGGGGAAAGAUAACUGGUGAUUAUGCCAGCUUCAGCUUCCAGGCCAGAGAGGGUGGCACUGAGAUCCCAGUGCUGGUUUCUUCAGCUGUGUGGUCUUGGACCCAUUACUGAACCUCUCUGACUUUCAGUCUAUUUGAGAAAGAAACCGUCUUGUUCCUUGCAAUGUAAAAUGAGACUUCUAAAGCCCACCUUGAUGCUGAUAUGGGGGAUGCUAAGAUUCUAGGAUUUCACACAGCAGGAAUUUGUUUUAAAGAGGUGUCAGCUAUGGGGUUUAUUUUUUACAAAGUAAGGACAUUUAAAAAACCAACCCAUCUAUCAAUUCAUAAAAGAAAGGAUGUUUGUUCUGAUACCAAGACUGCAAGAAGAAAGGAUGUAUUCCAAAACAAAGGAACGUCCUUCCAAGAAAGUACCUAUGGCUUCUUUAUUCAGACAUACCCCAAAAUAACUGCAUGAUAAAUAGGGUCUAUAUUUAAAAAGCUCUAGUGUUGAAUGUUUUCAAAAUAAAAUUUAAUUUUAUAAGA